UCUUGUAUAAUAUUUGACGAGUGUUUAUCGAGAUAUUGAAAUGAAUUUUUCAAUAGGAGGCAUGAGUGCGGCUGAGUCUGGUGACGAAGAUAUUGAUAAUUCACAAAAUGAUACAAGAGGUUCCUACAAACGUCUUACUUCUACUCAAUCAACUAUACUUGAAAAUUUCAUGAAGGAAUGCCACCAUCCAGACGAUGCACAGCGACGUCAAUUGGCUGAAGAGGUUGGGCUUGAGCCCAAACAAAUCAAGUUUUGGUUUCAGAAUAAAAGAACUCUCAUGAAGAAUCAACAUGAGAGAGAAAACAACACUACUCUUCGUAUGGAGAAUGAAAGGAUUCAUAAUGAAAACCUCUUAAUCAAAGAGGCACUCAAGGCCACUAUUUGUUCAACUUGUGGGGGUCCUCCAUUUCCUAAAGAAGAGCAUGAACAUUUCAUGCGCAACAUGAAACAAGAAAAUGCUGAGCUCAAACUAGAGUGUGACAAAGUGGCAAACCUUAUUGCAAACUACAUGGAGAAAAAGAUAUCUCUACCUGAGUUUGAGCAAGCUCUUGCUACUGUGAAAUCGUUUUCAAGAGACAGAGACCUUGAUCUUUCACAAACCCCAACGGCUUAUGAAACCCUAAGGCAUGUUCAUGUUCAUGUUCAUGGUAAUCUAACCAUGAGAGAGGCUAUGUUAGUGAACAUCUCAGAGCAAAACCAUGAUGAACAAAAGAGAACCAUGUCUCGAAUUGCAACUAUUGCAAUGGAAGAGUUGGCUAGGCUUGUGAGAGUGAAUGAGCCUUUUUGGGUUAGCGCUACACAUGUUCACGAUGGGAGAUUCACUCUUGAUCGUGAAAGUUACGAGCAAGUUUUUCCCAAGGAUAAUCACUUUCAAGGAGCAAAUGUGUGCGAAGAAUCUUCAAAAUUUUCAGGAGUUGUGAAACUUAGUGCCUUGCAUCUGGUUGACAUGUUUCUGGACUCGGUCAAAUGGAAAAACUUGUUCCCAACAAUUAUUACUAAAGCUGAAACUGUCAAAGUGUUUGAAACUGGUUCAACAGAAAAUCGAGAUGGAGCUUUGCUUUUGAUGUAUGAACAAAUGCACAUUUUAUCCCCUCUUGUGCGUCCUCGCGAAUUCAACAUCAUUCGCUACUGCAAACAAGUUGAUGCUGGCGUAUGGAUGAUUACUGAUAUGUCGAUUGAUUCAUCUCAACCGAACACUACUCCUCUCUGUCAAUCCUGGAAGCAUCCAUCCGGAUGCAUAAUCCGCGAACUGCCUCACGGUGCCUGUCUGGUUACUUGGGUUGAACAUGUGGAAGUGGAAGAUAAGAUCCAUACACACCCUGUGUAUAGACAUGUUAUCAGUAACUUUAAUUUAUAUGGAGCUGAAAGCUGGAUUAAGGAGCUUCAAAGAAUGUGCGAAAGAUCUCUCAGCUUUUAUGUUGAAACUAUACCUAAUCAAGAAACUUCGGGAGUGAUCACAUCAAUUGAUGGGAGGAAAAGUGUGAUGAAGUUUGCUCAUAGAAUGGUUAAAAUGUUCUGUGAAAGUUUAACAAUGACAGGCCAAUUGGAAUUUCAGGAUGUAACUCUUGACAGCAUUGGCGGAGUUAGAGUUUCUAUUCGCAAAAACAACAUUUUUGGCCAACCAAAGGGCACGGUUGUUGUCGCUGCUACUACCAUUUGGCUCCCUCUCCCUGCUCAAAAAAUCUUUGAGUUCCUCAGAGAUCCUACAAAUCGAUCUAAGUGGGAUGUCCUUUCUUUUGGAAAUUCAAUGAUUGAGAUUGCACACAUUUUCAAUGGACCCUAUCCUGGCAACUGCAUUUCAAUUCUUCAGCCGUCCAUCCCGACCGAAGACCAACGGGUGAUCCUCCAAGAAAGUUUCACAUCUUCUGUGGGAUCUUACGUUAUAUUCGCUCCAACAGACAGAACAUCUAUGAACAUAGCCAUUCGAGGUGACGAGUCGAAGGGUCUAGAAAUUCUUCCAACGGGAUUCGUUGUGUGUUCAAAAUCUCGUCCAAGUGCCGCUUUUGAAGCAUCUGGCAAUAUCGGAAGAGUUGGUGUUGGUGGUGGUGAUGCUGGAUCGUUGUUAACUUUAGCUUUUCAAAUUUUGAUUUCUAGUUCAAAUGGAACUGACACACAGCAACAUAUGGAAUCUAUGGCUGCUGUCAACUCCCUUCUGGCCGGUACUAUUCGAAAGGUUCAGGAAGCUCUCAAGUGAGAUUUGAUUAACAAUUUGGAGUAGUUGUUGUUUGUUUUGUUGAAUAAAACUAUGUUAUUGUUUUUUAUGGACCAGUUGUUGUUGUAUGGUGAUUAAGUUUGUUUUGGGAUUAAAUCUUAAUCAUACAUUACUUUUGUGAUAUUUUUCUAUGAAUCAUGAAUAAAAAUUAUGCUUGUGCUA